UGUUCCUCUAAUCUUUCUGUAUGGGCUUUGGGCACGUUGCCAAGUACUGCCGUCGGUCGGAGCGCUGCCGCGCACGCGCCGGGAGCCACGCCUUCAAGGACUGCACGACGCGGAAGGAGCAACGGUGCGCCAACUGCGGAGGUCCCCAUCCAGCCAGCUUCGGAGGAUGCCCCAGGAGGAAGGCCGCCAUCGCUGCUGUGAAGACGGAAGCCUGCGAGGUCCGCCCGUCCCGGAGCGGCCGCAUCAACCCUGCCGUCGUGAAGCCAACGCGCCCAGCACCCGUCCGCAGCGCCGACGCCUUCCCAGCACUGCCGAAGCCAGCGACCCCUGCCAAGAAGCCUGCCACAGCCAAACCGGCCUCAGGUAAGAUUCCUGACACUAAUGCUACCCCCAGUGUUUGGGAUCUGCCCAGGGACCCUGCCCCGACCCAGAGACCGCCGCCGCCUGCCGCCAACAGACCCCCGCGGACGACGCCGGCCCCUCCCAAGCCUGCUGUACAGGAAGCUGCUGCCAAGCCGGAACCUGCACCUCCCCAGGGCACCCAGCUGGUGAUGAUGUUGGUCCCCCUGCUCAUCACAGCCUUCCGUGCCAUGCUGGCUGCCAUCCCAGCUGCCAGCAACAUCCCAGAAGUCCAAGCCUUCAAGGUAAUGGAACCAAUGCUUACCAGUCUGCUUUCUACUUUCAGUUAUGGACAGUAA